AUGAACCUGAUCGCAUACUCCGACUCGGAAUCCGACGGCGAGGCACCCACAGCCGCGCCUGCACCUAAGCCUGCGCCCAGGGCAUUCCAAAAAGUCAUUGACCGCUCGAAUCCCGGCCGCAUCAAGCUCAAUCUGCCCGGCGCAUCUCCAGCGACCACCGACAACGAUGACACCGGAUCUGAGGCUCCACCGGCGAAGAAGGCGCGCAUUGGAGGGGGCGGUGGACUGGGCGGUUUCAACUCGAUGCUGCCUGCGCCGAAGAAGGCCAAUGUCAAGGUGCCAGCAGCAAGCGCCACACCGGGGAGCAGAGGGCUUGGGAGAGGACUGGGCGCUGGUGUGAACCUCCGGACUGGUGCCGAGCCUGCAUUCAAGAGAGAGGCGAAGUUGGAGCUCGAGGAGUACGACGAGAGCGGCAAUGUCAUCAAGAAGGAGCCGAUGAAGAAGGAUGACUUUAGAGCCUUACUCAACCUCCCAGCACCAAAGUCAGAGCAAAACGCGUCGCCGAAGCCUGAAUCACCAGCACCAGCACCAGGGCCAACAGAGAGCGCGCCGGCGCCAAAGCCAGCAGCUCCCAGAUUCGUGCCAAUGUCGGUCGGCAAAGGCAAGAAGAAGAAGCCUGUUGUGCCUCGGCCAGUUGCAUCGCCUGCCCCGGAUAGCAAAGUGUCAUCGGCGCCAACAGCGGAAGCUGCACCGCCCAAGCCUAAAGUGUCCUUGUUCGGUGUCUCACAAGAACAGGAAGCGCCUGCCAAUGGACCAGCAAGCGGCGCAUAUCAGCCCAUGAUGUAUGGUUUCGAUGAGGAGGAAGGGGACGACGAUGCUGCAGAUGAGGCUCCCAUGACACAGCAAACACAUCAUCCUGCACAAUACGUACCCGCGCCACCUGCAGCCAACGAACUCACCAACAUAGCGUCAGAACUCAACCUGUCUGAGACUGAGCGGCGGCAACUGUUUGGGAAAAAGGGACGCAACGGACCUGAUUUUUCUUCUGCAAGGAUCGUCGAGUUCAAUACAGACACCGAGUACGCCCAUAACGAGCACCUGCGACAACAGGGCGAACAGGUGCAACACAACCCUCUCAAGUCUAUCUCAGGUACUGGCAAGAACAGCCUGCGGAGCUUGGUCAAUGUCGCGACAACACAGAAGGACGCGCUUGAAGAGCACAUUGCGCAGGGCCACAGAAACAAACGGGAAGCGGGAAACCGUUACGGAUGGUAA